AUGGACUUAAAGGAAGAGCCAUUAGGGCAAUGUUCAUACAUGUGGGACAUGAAUGAGGAGCCGGUGGACAACAUCCCAUAUUCAAGCUUUCAAUCAUUUUAUAUGCAUCCAUUAAUGGAAGAAAUUCCUAAAAUCUUUCAUCCUUAUGUCAUACAUAUAGAAGAUGUUGUGGGUGAUGGAAAUUGUGGAUUUAGAGCAAUAGCUGCUUGUCUUGGGUAUGGUGAAGACCAGUGGCUCUACGUUAAAGAACAAUUGUUACACGAGUUAUUAGAUGCAUACAUUGGCAAUGAAACGGUUUUAACUAGUGGAAUCAAUGAAGUAAAUCUUUCAUUGUUAUUCUCACAAUCACCUGCACCACGACAACAUUGGAUGGUUAUGCCUGAGACUGGUAUCUUGAUUGCCAACAAAUUUGGUGUGGUCCUCAAUUGCUUAAGCAAUGAAGGUUGUAUAACUUGCUUUUCUAUUUGGAAAGGCCCGGAACAUUUUCAGCACCAUAAGACGAUAACAAUUGCACACGUGUAUGGUAACCAUUAUGUAAUGGUACAGUUAGAAAGAGAGUACCCUAUGCCUCGCAUUUCAGCGUAUUGGAUUCGUUACAGAGCCCCAUCUGCAGUUGGAUGGCAACACAUGUAUACGCAACGUCUACAACUUUAUGAACAACUCAAUCCUUGUGAUCGCGAUAACGCUUUUAUACAUAUUGAGGAAAGUUGUUAG